UAUAUAUAAAUAUAUACUGAUAUACAUCUCUCUCUGUGUAUUGAAGAAGAAACAAUAGAUCAAUGAAGAAGACGAGUAUGGACGUCUGCAAAUCCGGCGAAUCAACUUUUCCGAUCACCGCCAAAUUGAUUCUCGACGACGGAACUUUACAGGAAUUUCACUGUCCUGUCAACGUUUCUUACGUUUUGCACAACAUCAAUUCCGUCGCAGGCUGUUUCGUCUGCAAUUCCGACGACCUAGAUUUCGACGGCGUCGUAUCGGCCAUGAACGACGGCGAGGAGCUGCAGUCAGGUCAGCUCUAUUUUGCGCUGCCGCUGAGCCGGCUGAGGCGCCGACUGCAGCCGGAGGAUAUGGCGGCAUUGGCCGUCAAAGCAAGCUCCGCCCUCGGAGAUUGCAUCGGAAGUUGCAGGAACGCUCUAGAAUUCUCUGGAGAGAAUGGCGCGAAGGCCACCGCUGGGGGUUCGCGGAGGCGGCGGCGAUGCGGCGGCGCCCCGCGACGGGGGAAGUUUGCGGAGAGGUUAACCGCCAUACCUGAGUAGGGAGGGGCGUUUUAGUAAUUUCCCGUAGGAGACCAUUUUCUGUAGAUGGUGUAAAAUGUGUUUGGCAGUUUAUUUGCAUUUUGUGUUGUUAAGUCUUUGUUAAUUAUAAUUUUGUAUUUUUGUUUAAAUAGGGUUAACUAUAAUAAUACUACAUUUUGUUCCAUUUA